AUGGAGACCACGAGACUAAUCCGCCCUCGGCUUUUCUUAAUAGAGGAAACAUCCGCACCAUGCCAACUCGACUUGUCUACUCUUCAAUCCGCACGAUACAAUCGCAGUCGUCCGGUUGCCAUCGACUUGCCUCCUGCCACUAUUCGAAAGAUAAACUCGGCGCCCGCCUGUACGCCAACACCGCCUGAACCUUUGUCGGCCCGUGGAGACGUCCCUGGUGGCUAUUUCCCGUUUCACGAAAACCCUAAAGGUCGCAUUCACCGUCCACACCCUUUCCAGGCCCAAACCGAAGUUGGCCGUACGAGACACCACUCUCUUUCCCUCGCCGUCGAUUCCUCGUCCAGGUCUGACCAACGCGGUGCUUCUCUGUCCGCAGCCAUGGCGUCGUCAGUCCGUCUCUCUUCUCUGAGUGCCAUUGGUUCCUCCGAUCUUUCCAAUGUCAACACACCUGUCGCAUCUUACCUUCCCAGCGGGGUUCACGAUAGCCCUUUACCAAUGGGCAAAUAUUAUCCAUCCAACUACGAGCAACAGAACAACCACGGCGCAAGGACUGGGUCUCCCGGAACUCCGAGCCGUUCCUCUACAAGAUCCGAGGGUCAUGUAUCUACGUGCGAGGCUUUCAGGACAUCUUCACGACAAGACUCGGAAGCCCGCCGUAAACUUCAACAGUACCAGCGGGAUAUGAUUGCACAGGCAAGAUUGGCAGCUAGUGAAGUGCUUGAGAGUUCGCCUAAUCAAGCCAACGCAGCAUCAAGCUCCACAAUUAUGUUGAACGGGAUACCAUUGACGAAUGUGCAUCACAUCGGAGCAACCGGCGUCCACAAGCCCACAUCACCGAGACUCUUGCCACUGGGAAGUCCAGGCCCUGUGACACCCAUGGAUUUGGAGGGCGGGUACCUCGAUUGGGGCUGCAAUGAUGAAAUCGCGCGAGUGUUGCAGGCCGAAGAACAACGGAUGCGCCGGGAAGGAGUAACUUCUCCGGCAGUGGGAACGGGCCCGCAACCCUAUUAG